CACAUGCCCCAAUCGUUCUACAAAAUCUCUCACCCAAGCCAAGCCCAUCCGAUCCUCACUCGCACAGACCAACUUUCUCUCUCCUCUGUAUAUAUAUAUAUAUAUAUGUAUGUAUAGAUGAUUGCAGUUGACUGAUUCAGAGGUGAGUUUUGCAUAGGAAGCUAGAAUGAGUUUCAGGGAUGAGAGUAGUGAUGAAGGAAGGGACCUUAGGAAACCGUUCAUCCACACCGGGAGCUGGUACAGAAUGGGGUCGAGACAGUCAUCUAGCAUUAUCAGUUCCUCCGCUCAGGUUCUCCGUGAUGGUUCCAUCUCCGUUGUGCUCUGUGUCCUCAUCGUAGCUUUGGGUCCAAUCCAAUUCGGAUUCACGUGUGGGUAUUCUUCUCCAACUCAAUCGGCAAUCAUUAAGGAUCUUAAUCUUACUCUUUCAGAGUAUUCUUUGUUCGGUUCUUUAUCAAAUGUUGGUGCCAUGGUUGGGGCAAUAGCAAGUGGUCAGAUUGCAGAAUACAUUGGGCGUAAAGGGUCGCUAAUGAUUGCUGCAAUUCCUAAUAUCAUUGGAUGGCUUACGAUAUCAUUUGCGAAAGAUUCAUCAUUUUUGUUCAUGGGAAGAUUGUUGGAAGGUUUUGGUGUUGGUAUAAUCUCUUAUACGGUACCUGUAUAUAUAGCUGAGAUUGCACCUCAAAACAUGAGAGGAACCUUGGGGGCUGUAAACCAGCUCUCAGUGACCAUCGGCAUAAUGCUGGCUUAUUUGUUGGGGAUGUUUGUGAACUGGAGAGUGCUUGCCGUGUUAGGAAUUUUGCCAUGCACAAUACUGAUACCCGGAUUAUUUUUUAUCCCAGAAUCUCCACGAUGGCUUGCCAAAAUGGGGAUGACCGAAGAUUUUGAAUCCUCCUUGCAAGUUUUGCGGGGUUUUGACACAGACAUCACUGCAGAAGUGAAUGAUAUCAAGAGAACAGUAGCGUCAUCAUCAAACAGGCGAACUGCAAUCCGGUUUGCAGAUCUCAAGAGAAGAAGAUAUUGGUUUCCCUUGAUGGUAGGAAUUGGAUUACUUGUGCUUCAGCAACUCAGUGGUAUCAAUGGCAUCUUAUUCUAUUCUAGCAACAUCUUUCAAAAUGCUGGGAUUUCGUCAAGUAAUGUUGCCACAUUUGGACUUGGGGCCGUUCAGGUUUUGGCCACUGGAGUAGCAACUUGGUUGUUAGACAAAGCUGGUCGAAGGCUGCUCCUCAUUGUAUCAUCGGUUGGAAUGACCACUAGCCUCCUCGUUGUUGCAGUUGCCUUUUAUAUAGAGGGGAUUGUGUCAGAAGAGACUCAACUCUAUAAAGUGAUGGGUGUACUUUCACUCGUUGGGCUUGUGGCUGUGGUGAUAUUCUUCUCUUUGGGAUUGGGACCUAUUCCUUGGAUUAUUAUGUCUGAGAUUCUUCCGGUGAACAUUAAGGGUCUUGCUGGCAGUGCAGCAACAUUCUUAAAUUGGCUUACAUCUUGGGCUAUCACAUUUACUGCAAACCUACUCUUGAAUUGGAGUAGUGGAGCGACCUUCACAAUCUACACCGUAGUGACUGCGUUCACUGUUGUUUUUACUUCGCUUUGGGUUCCAGAAACCAAGGGAAGAACUCUCGAAGAAAUCCAGCAGUCUUUCAGAUGAUUUUACUGUUCUUUCCUUCUUUUUUGUAUGGUGGCUUGAUCGGUUCUCGAGUGUUUUUGUUAGUGUACAAUUCUUAUAUAUAUCUUUCAUGCAGAGGUGAUUGAUUGUUUUUUGUUGUAUGAAAUGUGGCAUACAGAACAAGUAAAGGAAAUAUUCAUUCAAAUUCCAGUAACUGCAAGUUUGCAAUGUUCUAAUAUC